AUGGCCAUGCCAAAUGACAAAAAACAGCGGGAUAAGAAAAAGAAGUCUAUUAACCAAAAUGGGAAAAAAACGGAGGCUAAUUCGAAUGAAAACACAGUACAAAAUGAAACAUUUCCUGGAGUUUUACCAAUUCUUGGUGGAAAAUUCUCAGAUCUUCCUAUUUCCGACCUUAUAAAAAAAGCAUUAGUUGACAUGAACUUGACAGAUAUGACAGAAAUUCAGAAACAAUGUAUUCCCCACCUCCUCGAGGGCAGGGAUGUUAUGGCGUCAGCUAAGACUGGGAGUGGGAAGACCCUGGCGUUUUUGGUUCCCGUCGUCGAUCUUAUGUUGAGGGAAUUGACGGCCCACACACAGCUCCGCAUUGGCUUGAUCAUGGGUGGCAGCAAUCGUCAGGCGGAGGCGAAGAAUCUACAGAAGGGUGUUACCAUUCUUGUUGCUACUCCUGGAAGACUGCUUGAUCAUCUAUCUAAUACAGAAGACUUUCUUCGUCACAAUUUGAAAACGCUAGUGAUCGACGAAGCAGACCGUCUCCUCGAUAUUGGCUUUGAACUCGAGAUGCAGCAAAUUAUCCGGCUUCUGCCGAAAGACCGACAAUCCCUGCUUUUCUCUGCAACUCUAAAUCAACGGACGCACAACUUGGCUAAGGCUGCCUUAAAAACAAAUUGCAUAAUGGUCGGUGUUAACGAAGGACCAGAGGCUACUGUUGAAACGCUGGAACAGGGCUACGUCAUUUGCAAUCCAGCAACCAAGUUCUCCCUUUUGUACACUUUCUUGAAGCGUAAUAAAGACAAAAAGGUUAUGGUUUUCAUGUCCUCCUGCAUGGAGGUGAAGUUCUACUACGAACUUCUCAAUUUCAUCGAUCUUCCAGUUCAAGCCAUCCAUGGACGUCAAAAGCAGGCGAAACGCACUAGUACAUUCUUGAAUUUCAUAAAGGCCACCACCACCAUUCUGCUCUGCACCGACGUUGGAGCUAGAGGUCUUGACAUUCCGGAGGUUGACUGGAUCGUUCAGUACGAUCCACCAGAUGAUCCCAAGGACUAUAUUCACCGUGUGGGUCGAACUGCUCGGGCGGGCAAAUCAGGCAACGCUCUCCUCAUACUCCGGCCUCACGAGCUGGGACUGCUUGAUGUCCUGCGUGAGUCCAGGGUCAAGAUGAUCGAAUUUGAAGUGGCCAAGAACAAAAUGGCAGACACCUGUGGUCUGCAAAUUGUCCCCAGGGUUGAUCUGGGCGUAGAGCCCUCACGAAAACUGGACCCCAAACGGAUGAAGCGAAAGAUGUUCGCCGAGAGCAAAAUGGGAGCGGCUAAGAGGACCAAAUUGUAUCAGAAACUGGACUAA